AUGAUGAACAAUAAUGCAGCAGCACAAGUUAAUUCAGUUCAUAAGUUAGUUCAAAUCCCAGGUUCCUAAAUUCUAGAUUCAAAGUUCUAUGUAUAUUUUUCCAGUGCUCAACAACAAUCAUUUAUGAAAUCCGUCGAUUCUCCACCGAUGCAUCAACAAUCUUCAACAUGUUUCUGGCCGCCACCACCGCCAUCAUCUGCCCAACUUCAAACAUCUUCUAACCCAUCAUCUGGCACGAGUUCAUCGAAUAAUAAUAAUUUAACAAAUACGAGUUCGAAUGCGGAUGCACAAUCAGAUAAUGGAGGAGGUUCGGAAUCAGCGGCAAGUCCGACAAUUCCAUUAGCAACGAGGUGAGUGAAGGGAGACUUGGGGGAGCCUUUGGGGGGAAAGGUAGACUGAAUGGCGUCCGGUAGAUUUUUGGAGAAACAAUUUUGAAUCAAAAAUUUUUGAAGUUUUUUUUAGAUUAUAGAAUUUUGUAGAAAUGUUAGUUGAAAAUGAUGCAAUAAUUUUGAAGGGUAGAUCAGAAAUUCCAAACUGAAAACUAUAAGCUUGAAAAUUAAGAUUUUUGUGCUAAUUAGAAUAAUCCUGAAGUGUUUCUUGAAUUUCAUCAGCUAGGGAAAGUUAGAAGUUUCAAAAACAAACUUCGGAAGUGAGGAUCAGAAACCCCAAAUUUAUAAAAAAACAUCUGUAAAACCUUCUGACUUCAGUUUUAGCUUCAAAAGUACCUCGGAAAUUAUUGAAUUUAUGUGUUGAAAUUGAAAAAAUCUGGGAAUUUGUUAGAAGCCUAGGAAAUAUAAAAUGGAAAAUUUUUUGAGAUUCAGGAACUUUUUAUUUUUUAAACCUUGUUAGGUUUUACAUUUUCAGAAACAAAGUUCUGAAGUCAAAAAUAUUAUUUUUGAAAUUUAAUUCAGUUCUGCUUUAAAACUCCAGGGGAAUAGUUCAAGUUCUAAUCGAAUUUAGUCCAAAAAAAUUCAGAAAAAUAGAUUUUUAGACUGAAAUGUUGAGAACAAUAAAACGCUAACUGAAUUCAAAAAAAAUAUCCAAAACAAAAAUCAGUUUGGAAAAGUAAACAUCUAGAAGCUUUUAGUACAAAAAUUGACCUGAUGUUUGACGCGAAAAAAUGCUAGAAUGAUAAAAACAUGACCGUUGAUCUGUCUUUUUUCGCAGUUCCGGUAUGACAAUGCCAUCAGCAGCUGGAAUGUAUCAAUUCAACGCAAAUCGAUUUCCCGGAACAGCGACUAAUGGCUUCGAAAUGAUGGUGAACAAUCCAAUGUAUUCUGAUUUCUAUCAGAAUAGUUUAGCAGCUUCAACUUAUACAAUGUAUGGAUAUGGUCAACAAUAUCCAUUUCCAGCCAGUUAUACAAUGCCAAAUAUUGAUAAUAUAAGUGGUUAGUUUAGUUUUUUGGUUCCCCCAAUCAAUAUUUCACGCUAUAAAAUAAUAUGAUAUGAUAAUUAGUCCCCUCGAUUUACGAUUCAUUCUAUUUUAUGACUUUUCGCGGGGGGUCAUUCACUAAAGAAAAUCGGAUUAUAAUAUAAUUUUCCCUCUGGUGAAGUAACUCAGUCAGUUUCCCCCAAAAAAUAUACCACCACAAAAAAAAUUGUGUACUGAUAGUGAUAAAGAAAAAAUUUUGGUUGGUUGUGUGUGAUUUUUCAUACAUACAUUCAAUAUCAAAGAGAAAUGCCGAAAGGCAAAGGGUACUGUAGGUGACGAAGAUAAGGCAGACACCUUACAAACUUUUUUUUUGAAUCGAAAUUGAAUUGGGUACUGUAGAUUGAUUUAUUUAUAUAUUUUUUUGAAAAAAUUUGUCUCUGCCAUUGAAACAAAAAAAAAUGUGUAUUAUUAAUCCGCUCAAAAAAGUCGUAAAUUUAGAACUCUACCUACAGUAGUAUUUUCCUUUUUUUUUUGUUAAAAAAAUUGAUUUAUUGUUGGAGAAAGAUUAGUAUAAAUUGGAAUUAGGUACAUCGACACUUUCUUUUUUUUUCUUCCCAAAACAACACCUGGUUACAAAUGCACGCAUGGUGCUGGUCGUAAAAUUGCGUCAAGCAAAUAGGAAAAAAAAACAGCUCCGCAGAUGGCCAGCAAAAUUAACCUUUGAGAAAAUUUGGAAACGAGAAAAAACAAUUUUGAAAAAUAUUUACUUCCUCGCUCGUUCAUUUUCGGCCGCGACGAGACACACAUCUUUCAAAAAUCGAUGCGCCUUUAUAUUACACGGUGUUUCGAAAUACGUUUCCAGUGUGUUUUGGUGGCUCAAAAGGGGUUUUUCUUCAAAACCCUUGAAACUCCAGUGUUUCCUGAGACUCCAUUCUUUGAUUUAUUCGAAAUUCAGUUGAUUUAUCCUUUUUCCCCUGUAAAAACAUCGAAAACCUCGAGAAUCCAAAAAAAAAGAAAAAAAAAAGAAAAGAGGUACCGUAGUUUUUGAAAGGCGCACAGAUGAAACACACAGGGUCUCGUCGCGACGAACAAAUAUUUUUCAAAAUUACUUGUUUCCGAUUUUUCUUCUUUUUUUUGAAACUUUUUUAAGGAUGCAACUUUAAAGACACACAAUCCACUAGAAAUGAACAAAAAAUGAGUUUGCUAUUCUUUCAUAACACCUUUCAAGUAAUCGGAAUUCAUAAAAAUCAAGAAAAAAUUUUGAGUCUGGCAAAAGUGAAAAAAUAAAAUAAUUGUAUUUGAAAUCGCUCAGCCGACGGAAAUUUGGAAAGUGUGUGCACACAGUGUGUCGCUAGAGCGCACAUGCUGGUUUUGUCGUUUGAAAAUAAAUGCGGGAAAUCUGUUUUUUCCAGUGGCUGAUGUGUCUUUAACAAAAAAAUAUUUUCUGCUUACAAUUAGUUCAAUAUUUUUUACCAGAAAAUCGAUAUUUCUAUAGAAAUUUUUAUGGUUUGGGAUUUGAAAACAUUUCGAAAAGAACAUAGAAUACUAAUUUGCACUAAUUCUUAACACUAAUUCCUGCUCCAAUUGGAUCCAAAAAUUGUUCUUCUUAAAAUAAGUUGAAAGAUGAUAUGCCGACACCUUCUGGGCACCUCCAAAAAAUUUUACGAUCCAUUUUUAUGUUCGAAACAGACGAAGAAGAAAAAAAGAGGAGGAGAUAGAUACACAUCUACAGUAACCAGAAAGGACAUUUUUUUUUUGAAAAUGCGAAGAAAAAGAAAAAGGAAGGAGCAAGCAAACAAAUCGAUUUGUCAUCAAACAAAUAACUAGAAUAGAAUCGUAAAAAUAUUUGGGGCCAUCGAUUUUUUUCCAAAAAAAUAUGAAAAGAAAAAAUAAAUAAAAUAUGAGUUCCUCCCGAAAAAAAUAAUUCCUACUGUAAUCCACCACAUGUCCAAUUAAUUAGCCGUCGGCCUCAAUUGAAGUCGGAUCGGGGCGAGCGAGUUUUUACGAUGCCUUUUCCCUCUAGGCACCUGCUCCAGCCAGCAGCUUUCUAUUUAAUUGGUUGAGCCUCUUUUGAGACUACGGUAGCGCCACAAAGUCUGCUAGAAAAUAAUAGAAAACAGAAUAAAAAUGUUCGAAUGUUUCAGAUGGAAGUCAAUUGGAAUGGACAUCUUCGAGUCAUUCGAUGCGCAAAAAAAGGAAGCCGUAUACAAAAGCGCAAACUUUGGAGUUAGAGAAAGAAUUUUUGUAUAAUACGUAUGUUAGUAAACAAAAACGAUGGGAAUUGGCGAGAUGUUUACAAUUAUCAGAGAGACAGGUUAAAAUAUGGUUUCAGGUAUGUUUUGGGGGGAUCAGAACUGGAAGAUUAUAGGUUUUUUUGGUCCUAAAAUUUAACUUGGAACUUUUCAAAGUAGGGAUUUUGAGCUAAAGAUAUUUCAAUUUGAAUUUCAGGGCUGAUUUUCAGCAUUGAUUCAAUUUUCUAGUCACCUUUUUCAGUUGAAACUUAAAUUCGCAAAUUAAUUUUCAAAGAUUUGAAAUAUUAUAAGAUCUGGAAGCAAUCGCGAUUUUUGGACCUAGGAAAUCUGUUAUCAAUUUUCAGCCUGAACCUGGUUUCAAGUUUUUUUUAAAAUUUUCCAAUCCCCAAUUUUUAAUAACGAAUUUUUGAAACGUAUUUUUUUCUGCAAAAAAAUGGGAACAUUUUUCCAGACUUUUACAACUUCUAACUAUAAUUCCAGUUUGCUUUGGAAAAAUUGAAUAUAUUUUUAGAAAAAUUUAAAAAAUAAUUAGAAAGUUUCGAAAAAAUUCCGGAGUUUUUUUUUGGAUGAUUGAAAGUUAUCCUAACUUUUUUUCUAACUUCUAAAAAUUAUCUUCAAAAAUUGCAUCAAGCUAAAAAUCCAACCAAAGCCCAAAUAGGCCCAAUCUGAAGCCUGAACUCAGCCAAAAUAUCCCUUUUUCAGAACCGCCGAAUGAAAGACAAAAAACAAAAGCAGCGAACAUCUGGAGAUGGAACUGGACUCAUUAUGACACCGUGUCUAGAUUAG